CGGUUAGAGCGCCUACUGGACUGUAAAAGACGAUCAGCCUGGAGCUAAAUCUACGUGUAGAGAAUUCCUCAGUACUUAAAUCUCGUUCGAUUUUCUGCCUGGCUGUAUCUGGCUCGUAAAGUCUGAAUUACAUCAGAAUCGACUCUCAGAGUUUUGCAGUCUUUGGUUAAAGUUUAUCAAGUUUGGUCAUCGGUUACGAGAUCCAAAGUGAUGAACAUCCCACUCCAGACCCAUUGCCCUCGAUGUGACGUGUUGCUAUGCAACCCAAAUACCAUCCACACUUUUGAAGAACAUCAACAAAAUGAUCUCAGUUCUGCGGAUUCAUCGGCGUUCAUUCUAGGACCAGAGAUUGAAUUCCAGAACAACUUCUCUCGCUCGUGCCGCAUGGAUCAACAACGACAGCUGCACGCUUCGAUACAAGAAAACGGUUGUAGGAGAGCGCGGCAUAGACGCUUCUCAUCAUCAGACUCAGAAACUAUUCUGGGACAAGCCGGUGAAAGCAUCAACACUGAUUCCAUUGAGAAGUUUCUAUCGCUCUGCUUGCAGCAGUUUGAAACAUGCCAUUCUAGAACUGCACGAAAUGGGGAUGGAACUCAGAACGUCAAGAUUGAUAAUUUAAAGGAAAACUGGGUCAGCUUCAAUAACACCAAUAAUCACCACAGUACCCCAAACCAGCACAGUACCCCAAACCAGCACAGUACCCCAAACCAGCCGGCCAGUACCCCAAACCAACACAGUACCCCAAACCAGCACAGUACCCCAAACCAGCACAGUACCCCAAACCAGCACAGUACCCCAAACCAGCNCACAGUACCCCAAACCAGCACAGUACCCCAAACCAGCACAGUACCCCAAACCAGCACAGUACCCCAAACCAGCCCAUCACGUUCAGCUUGA